AUGGCGGAGGAGAGUCCACGGCUGGCGGCAGGGGAGGACAGUGAAGAGGAGGAGGACGGAGAGGAAGCCGCAGAGGCCCCGGCGCUAGAGAACAGUAAGAAGGUUGCUCCGAGACCCAAGGACGAUAAAAAAGAAACCGCCGUCACCCCUGAACCCCGACAAGAAAGGAAGAAGCCCCCGGUGCAGGCGUCGCCUCCUUCCGCCGCGACCAAGCCUCUACUCCCGGGACCUCCGGCCUUGCGUAAAGCCGGGCCGGCCCGCUACGCAGCCCCGGCCUUCCCCUCCACCACCUCCGGAGUCAACGUGUUCGCCAACGACGGCAGCUUCCUGGAGCUGUUCAAGAAGAAGAUGGAGCAGAGCCCGGCCGGGAGUAAGGAGGAGGCCGUCACCCCGGAGGACAAGAAGCCCGAGCCGGACAAGAGGAAGCCCAUCAGCUUUGUGGGCAAGCGUAGAGGAGGGGCAAAGCUGGCCCUGAAGACGGGCCUGGUAGCCAAAAAACCAAAGACGGACGAUGAGGAGCUUAUUUUACAGAAAGGAGGGGCGUGGGCACAGUACAUGGCAGAAGUGAAAAAAUACAAAGCCCACCAGUGCAGCGACGAUGACAAAACCCGACCGCUUGUCAAAUAAUGCAGAAAAUGUAUGGGCUUGAGCUGAGCGACUUUCAGGGGAUGGCUCUGGGUUACCCCAACCAAGAGUAUUUUGUUCCCAACACCAGCCUCAUAUACUGCAAGAUCCUUCCGCUGCCCCCCCUUCCCCCACGUCACCUUGGAGUGUGUAUUGCUGAUCCCGUACUGGACUUGCUAACUUUACAGAGGAGAGAAGAGACUUUGUGACUGGGUGCUAAAAUGCCGUGCUGGUGAAUUGAUCCUUCCCCAAACAGGGUACAUUACCCUUUCCUGGACUCUUUGAGCACCUUUGGCCCCCCUAACCUGUCUGCUGCUGCAGAAUGGAGGAAUAUAGACUUUUAUUUUUGUUUUAUAUUUGUGUGUGGGCAUGACUUUUACUUUUUCUUUUUUGUAAGAAAGCUUGCA